AUGGCUUCUGCAAUAACUUCACCUAAUACAUGUGCAACAUCGGACUGUAAGAGCUUUUCUAAUGCUCUGUGUUUACACUGUAAUACAUUUGUCUGUACAAAACAUUAUCUUGAACAUGUGAAAUUAAUAAAUGAUAACGUUGUGCAUUUAUCAGAUCAAUUAAAUUCAAUAAUAAGCAGUCUCAAUCAAUUUAAUAUUACUCGUCUUGCUGAACAUGCAACAGAACAACUCGAGCAAUGGCGCGAAGAAUGUCAUCGUAUGAUCGAUAAAUUAUACGACGAAAAGAAAACAUCAUUAGAAACAAUUAUUCAACUAAAAUUAAAAGAGGAAAGAUCAGUUGGAAAACAAUUGUGUGAAUCUGUACAAAAAUUGCUUGAUCAAGAUAAUGCUUCGUAUUAUCAAGUAGAACAAUUAAAAAAACAGAUUAAAGCAUUCAAUGAUCGCUGUACAACUCUUGAAAAAUCCGAUUUUUUUCACAUUGAUAUAAAACCACUCGAAAUCAAUACACAUUUGAUUACAAUCAAAGCAAAAUAUUUUGGUUUCUUUACUGGUGGUGGUUCACUUCUUCGUCUUGAAAAUCAAAUACAACUCAACAAAUGGAUUGGUAUUCAAGAACAAAAAUGGCGUUUGGUCUACAAAGGUAAACGUGAUGGAUUCGAAGCUGAAGACUUUCAUCGUUGUUCGGAUAAUCAAGGACCAACUCUGACGAUUAUUCAAUCGAAAGAAGGUGGAUGGUUAUUUGGAGGAUAUACUUCAAAAGAUUGGAGUUCCGUAGUAGGCUAUGCAGAAGAUUUGGCUACACCAUUUAUUUUUACGCUGACGAAUCCACACAACAUUCCACCUACCAAGUAUAUUAUCAGUCCAACGAAAGUCGUACAUGCUGUUGCACAUAGUCCUGCUUACGGUCCAACGUUUGGUGGGGGAUUCGAUUUACAUGUGUGCGACGAAAGUCAAUCUACUGAAGACAGUUAUUUCAAAUUUCCCACAUCAUAUGAUGACACAACUGGAAAAGGAGAAUUAACUUUCACUGGAAACAAUCAUUUUGUAACAUCCGAUAUAGAAGUUUAUCGGUUAGCAUAA